UGUAAUACAUUCGCAAUUUUAUGUUCCCAAGAAAUUUCGUUGAAAUACUUGGCAUACAGUGGCAUGCCCCAGCAAGCCUCUCAGUUUUCUUAGGCUUGCUUUCCUCUUACUGUAUAAUAACUUAACAAAUAAAUAUUAACUAAUUGCUCCGACUGCCAUCAUGAAGAUUUUUGCCCGGGUAGGAUCCGAAUCUUUCACCGUGCCUUGCGCCGGCAAUGAGUCCAUUCGGUGGUUGAUCGAGGAGACGUUGAAACGAGCGACCAAAAAAUUGCCGGGAAGCCUGGACAUUGUUAAUGUACGGAAAGUUCGUGGAGGAGCUAUGCUGGAUGAAAACGAUCAAAUUAACACUAUUCUUCACGAUGAAGAGCACGUUGUAAUGGCAUUGAAGUCGGAUGCGGUAAAUGGAAAUGGGAUCAAUGGUCACAACGGGCAUGUAUACAAUGAAAUGUCCAAUGGUCUUCCUGUGGAAACGUGCAAAACGGUGGAACCGCAUGAAUUUUUACUUUUGGACGGCAACAGUUUAUCCUGUGAAGAUCUUUUUGCCAUUGGUCGGAGAAAAUACAAAAUACAUAUGACAAAAGAAGCACAAGAGAAAGUGCUAGCCUCGAGAAACCUACUCGAGGAAAUUAUCCGAGAAAAUCGAGUGGUGUACGGCGUGAAUACCGGCUUUGGAAAAUUUGCUCGUACCAUUAUUUCCAAAGAUGACUUGGAUCAGCUUCAGUUAAACCUGAUUCGAUCACAUGCAGCGGGUGUUGGAGAUUGCCUGCCACUUCAUCGAAUUCGUAUGAUGUUGGCACUACGCAUAAACGUACUUGCCAAAGGUUACAGCGGCAUAUCACUCCAAAAUCUUAACAAGAUGAUUGAUAUUUUUAAUGCUUCCUGCUUGUCCUUCGUACCGGAACAGGGCACUGUCGGAGCAAGUGGAGAUCUCGCUCCCUUGUCACAUUUGGCUUUAGGGAUGAUUGGAGAGGGUAAAAUGUGGAGCCCGGAAACUGGAUGGGCGGAUGCCAAAUCCGUUUUGGAAUUCCAUAAAUUACCACCCAUUGUUCUGGGCCCCAAAGAAGGAAUUGCCCUUAUUAACGGCACUCAGUUAAUUGCUGCAUUGGGAGCAGAAGCAAUCGAACGCGCAGAGAAUGCCGCACUGCAAGCGGAUGUUAUAGCCGCAUUGAGUCUUGAUGUUCUGAAAGGAACAACCAAAGCCUACGAUUCCGCUAUUCACUACGCUCGCCCCCACAAAGGUCAGAUUGCUGUGGCGCAGAGGUUCCGUGCCCUUUUACACUCCUCUACACAUCCGUCGGAAAUCGCUGGUAGUCAUCGGUUUUGUGCGCGCGUCCAGGAUGCGUACACGCUGCGCUGUUGCCCACAGGUGCACGGUGUUGUGCAUGACACGAUCGAAUUCGUCAAGGGAAUUCUCACUACAGAACUCAACAGCGCCACAGAUAAUCCGAUGGUCUUCGCCGAAAAAGGGGAAACCAUGUCGGGCGGAAAUUUUCACGGUGAAUAUCCGGCGAAAGCGCUGGAUUAUCUGGCCAUUGGAAUCCACGAAGUUGCCAGCAUGAGUGAACGCCGCAUUGAGCGCCUGUGCAAUCCCAGUUUGAGCGAACUUCCGGCUUUUUUGACGGCCAACGGUGGACUGAACAAUGGUUUCAUGCUGGCUCAUUGCUCAGCGGCGGCUUUAGUAUCCGAGAAUAAAGUCCUGUGUCAUCCCUCAUCCAUCGACAGUCUGUCGACGUCAGCGGCAACGGAAGACCACGUUAGUAUGGGUGGGUGGUCAGCGCGGAAGGCACUGAAAGUGAUUGAGAAUGUUGAACGAGUGCUGGCCAUUGAAUUAUUAGCGGCAUGUCAGGCCAUUGAAUUUCUACGCCCUCUGAAGACAACAGCACCGCUGGAGGAUAUUCACCAGCUGGUGCGCACUGUUGUCGGACCAUGGGAUAAGGAUCGCUAUAUGGCGCCGGAUAUUGAGGCGGCCACGGCGCUAAUUGUGCAGAACAAGCUAUGGUCCAUUGCGAAGCCCCAUAUUGACCACUACUUUGCCCAAGAAAACACUGACCGUCGAUUCACCUGUGAUUCUCCGACCAGCAGCCAGAUUCUCAUCAGUGAACGGGACGUGGCCAAACGCCGCAAAGUCUCCAUGGUCCCGCAUUAAUCAUUGUUUGUGGCUAACAAUUAUACCAUUAUUUUGCCAGUGUUAUAAAAAAUGCUCCGAAAAUGAAUCAUUGUCUUUCUUCGUUUGCUCAUUUUACCACUGUACUGAAUUAUCAUUUUUUUAAUGCAAUUCAUAAUACAUUUUUUAAGGGCAUAUGCGAAACCAAGGUUUGAUUGACACAUUGUUUAUAUAUAAGCGUGAUUAAAGCCAUACUGAACCA